AGCUCAGCCAAAUACAUAUGAUGACCAACAACAACACCUGCGGUGGCAAUACGAACAACAAAUUGCCGAAUGGCGGCAAAGCACCACCACCACCACCACAUGCGCAUGCUAUGUCCUCGCUGCCACGCUUCGGCAGCGCACGACGUGACGCACACUCAGCUAAUGAACGCGCCGAAAGCUCGCUCUCCCACGAACCACCCUACAGCCAGCAUCUUGCCAAUCAAGCCAAUCAAAGCAGUGGCGCACCACAACGCGGCACCGCUACAGCUGAUCGCUACAUACGUCUAACGCAGGAUCACUUCAAUCACAAUCACGGACCCUACGGCAGCAUUAGCAGCAAUAAACACGCCAACACUCUGAAUGGUGAACGUUCACCGCGUGAGAGUGAGUGUAAUUACAUACAUAACAAUUCGCAUUACUCACUGCCGUUAGAUCACGCUUUAAACGGAGGCCCGACCACGCCAACGCCGACACCACCGCCUCCAGCGUUACCCAUACGUAACGGACAACUAAUGCUGCAUACUGGCGGCAACAUCACUGCUGGCCAGCGCGUGGCAACUUACAAUAAUAAUAACUGUAGUAAUGGCUAUGCAACGAUAGGUGGUGGUGGCGCAAAUCACUUCGGCAGUGUUGCCAUCGGCGUUGGUGGCAGCAAUAAUAAUAAUAAUAACGGUAGUUUAAGACGAUAUCACUGAUAUACGCUAAAGGGCGGUUGGUGCGGCACAAGUCGCAGCGCCUACUAUGAGAAAUACGAAUGCGCUUACGAACACUCGGCAGCGGCGGCGAAUAGAAACAGCAUUGAGAUGUGUACGUUUGUGAGGCCAUAAUAAAAGUGGGGGAGAUAGUUUAGAGUAGGCCAUGGAGAAAUAUAGAAAUUGCAAAGAAAGAGUAAAAGCUGAAGAGUUGAGAACGAGGUUUUCAGUAAUGGAAAUUUAAAUAUCAAAAAUCGUGAAAUAUUUUUUGAAAUAGAAGACAAUUUUCAAACAGCCAAAAAAAUUUGUGGGAUAGGCAUUUUCUGGUAUACAGUACCGGAGUGCUGAGUAAAAAUUGAAAAAAUAUAACAAAAACACCACUUAACGAGAAAACACUGCCAUGUAGCAAAGCAAAGAAAUGCAAAAAGUCCAAAAAAAAAA